UGCUGAAAAACGGCCUUAAACAUCUGUUUUUGUUCCGGGUAAACGUGAAAAGCGUCUAUUUUCCUGUGUUUUUGUUUAUAAUUUUCCAAAAUGAGCGAUAGAACCAAAGAGGAUCUGAAGCGCAGUGCGCCGGAGGAGGACAGAGAACCCAAAAAUGGAACUUCAGACGAAAAGGAGGCGGAGGGCGAGGAGGACGCCUGGAUAGGACCCAUGCCUUCUGAGCAAAGCGCCCCUGUGCCAGCAAAAAAGAAGAAGGUCCUGCCCUACGAGCACAUAUUCCUGGAGAACCUGCCCAAUGCGGAGAGUUACGAGAGGAGUUACAUGCAUCGCGAUGUGAUCACCCAUUUGGUGUGCACUAAGACAGAUUUUGUGGUGACCGCCAGUGUAGAUGGCCACAUUAAAUUCUGGAAGAAGGGCGAACUGGGAAUUGAGUUUGUAAAGCAUUUCCGCAGCCAUCUAGUACCUAUCAAAUCGCUGACCACCAAUGAUAGUGGCACACUGCUUUGCUCGGCGGCCACGGAUCAGACAGCCAAGGUUUUCGAUGUGGUCAACUUUGAUAUGAUCAACAUCAUUCGACUGGGUUAUACGCCACAGUGCAGUGAAUGGAUAAAUGGACCAGGAGAUGCCGUCCAAGGAUUGGCUAUUUCGGACUCGGAGAGCAGCUGCAUACACAUCUACGAUGGGCAAGGAAGUGGAGAAGUCUUGCACACGCUGGAGAAACUGCACUCUGCUCCUGUGGUCGCCAUGUGCCUUAAUGUGGCCAUGGAAACAGUGAUUUCAGUGGAUCGCAAUGGCAUUCUGGAGUACUGGCAGAAUUCCAAGCACGACUACAAGUUUCCGCAGCGUCUGGUCAAUUUUGACUCCAAGCUUGACACAAGCCUCUUUGAGUUUGCUAAGCAGAAGACUCAAGUCACCGGUUUGGCUGCAACGCCAGAUGGUAAGAGGUUUGCCGCCAUAUCGACAGAUCGCAAGGUCCGCGUCUUUCAGUUUAACACUGGCAAGUUAAUCCGUGUGUUUGAUGAAGCCCUUUCCACCUACACUCAAAUGCAGCAGACGCAGCAUGCCUUGCCCAACAUGGAGUUUGGCCGGAGAAUGGCGGCCGAGCGGGAUCUGGAGAAGACUGCUCAAAACACGACCCUCAAUAUUAUUUUCGAUAGCACUGGCAACUUCCUGCUCUAUCCAACGAUGCUGGGCAUCAAAGUGAUCAACGUGGUGACAAAUCGGUGCGUCACUAUUCUAGGGAAAACGGACAACAUUCGGCCGCUGCAGGUUGCCCUUUUCCAGGGCAGGAUCAAGCGACAAAAAGCAGCCAUCACACUGGAACAAGAGGCUAGCGAGAACCCAGCACUGCAGAAUAUUUUAAAUGAUCCAACAGCAUUUUGCACAGCCUACAAGAAAAACCGUUUUUACUUGUUCAGCCGAAGACUGCCCUCAGACCUGCAAGAUGUCGAUCGUGACAUCUUUAACGAGAAGCCUUCGAAGGAAGAUAUAAUCGCGGUGCCAGAGGCCACAGUCGUGCAACGUAUCUAUGAGAACGUGGUGCUCCACACCACGAAAGGAGAUGUCCAUAUGAAGUUGUUCUUCAAGGAGGUGCCAAAAACCGUGGAGAACUUUUGUGUUCAUGCUAAAAAUGGGUACUACAAUGGCCACAUAUUCCAUCGUGUGAUAAAGGGCUUCAUGGUUCAGACUGGCGAUCCCACGGGAACGGGAACAGGUGGCAAAUCUAUUUGGGGAAGCGAUUUUAAAGAUGAAUUCGUGCCAAGCUUAAAACAUGAUCGUCCCUAUACGGUCAGCAUGGCGAAUGCGGGUCCAAAUACGAAUGGCAGUCAGUUCUUCAUUACAGUCUUGCCCACGCCAUGGCUUGACAACAAGCACACUGUUUUCGGACGAGUGUACCGCGGCAUGGAAGUAGUUCUCAAUAUUUGCAAUGCAAAGGCGAAUCCGAAAACGGACAAGCCCUACGAUGACAUUAAAAUUAUAUCCAUUCACUUAAGUAAUUAAGCAGAGAUUAUAAAUACAACUUUUGAUUCAGCACAGAUUCAAA